AUGCUGGCUCGCUCAUUAUUCCGUGUGGCGUCGAAUGCACGUCGAUGUGCUGGACCACUGGUGGCUACUACUAGUACUGAUAUUAAUAUGAUACAAACUGUUUGCUUUUCUGUGUCUCCUACGAUGCACGGUACGACAAUCCUGUGCGUUCGAAAAGGAGGCAAAGUAUGUUUAAUUGGAGACGGUCAAGUGUCACUGGGACAUACUGUCGUCAAACCUAAUGCUAAGAAAGUGCGACGGAUUGGAGAGAAUAUUGUCGCUGGCUUUGCUGGUUCCACGGCUGAUGCGUUUACGCUUAUGGAACGUCUGGAGGCCAAAUUGGACGAGUACCCGGGACAGCUCACACGCUCAUGUGUGGAACUGGCAAAAGACUGGCGAACGGACAAGUACUUGCGUCGUUUAGAGGCAAUUCUUAUUGUUUCAGACCUCAAGCAAUCGUAUACGCUGACAGGAAAUGGAGAUGUACUGGAGCCUUAUGAUGGUAUCAUUGGUAUUGGCUCGGGAGGGUCCUAUGCUCUGGCGGCUGCCCGUGCACUGAUUGAUCAAGAUUUGGAUGCAGAGACGAUUGCUCGCAAGUCGAUGCAGAUUGCCGCGGACAUUUGCGUUUACACGAACGGAAAUGUUGUAGUAGAAAUGCUGGAGGAGGGGAAGCACGAUGCUGGGAUGGAAAAAGAAAACAAAGAGUAG